ACGACUUUUGUGAUUCGUGGAAAUCGAAGAGACGGUCAGAGACGAAGAAUAGCCGAGAGGGUAAUCAAUGGCACUCCAGUGGCUGAUACUCGAAUGCGUGGUGGCGGUGGAGGCGGCCAUCGCUGUACUUCUCACUCUUCCAUGGCCCAAGAAGAUCGGUUCCCGGAUCGUUCCCCUAAUUUCCAUGCUGCUGCAGCCCUUCGCAACCAUUAUUCCCUUCGCCGUCUUCAACCUCUUAGAUCUUUACUGGAAGAGUGAGCACCGGCUAGAGUGUUCCUCCGAGGUGUGCACACAAGAGGAAAGAUUCCAUUACGAAAGAUCCAUAUAUAAAGCUCAAAAAAAUGUCAUUUUAUGUGUUUCAGUAUGUCUCCUUUAUUGGUGCAUGCAUCAGAUUUGCAAAUAUCAUAAGGAAAUUAAGCAACUAGAAGAAGUUGAGAAGAGAGCCAAGCACCAUUAACUUCAACCAUGGAGGUGCACAGUUAUCAGGAGAA